AUGAGUGACUAUUCAACUUCAACACACCAAGAAAGAAAAAAACAAUUCACUCCGAGAUUUUGUUUUUUGAAUAAUGCACCUGAAAUCACUUCAAGACACUUAGCAUGUCAAAAGCAAAAUCCAAUGACAAACCAGCGUACUAUCCUUUACACCCACGCUGAAUUUACAAGACCAAUUGCCCCUGACUGCCUACUGAGAUACUUCAAGUUGGAUAUUGAUAAUGUUGAAAUUACCGACGAUUGGGAAAGGUUUUGCCAAAGAUUUCCUGUUAGAACUGUCCCCUCCCUAAUUACCGCCGACGGCCAUAGAUAUUUUGAACAGAUGGCUGUUAAUCAUUAUUUAAUCAGGAAAAGUGGCCAAAAGGGGGAAAUUGAGCAACUCUUGGGAUCAAACGAUAAUUACGCUCUCCAAAGUGAAAUAAUAAUAAUGAUUUGUUCCUUCUGUACUUCCGAUUUUCUAAAUGCAUUCUGCUACUACUGCUUGCACGACUUAAAAACAAUACCAAUUGAUGAUGUAACAACGCGGAAUGCUCAAAAGAAGUUAGAAACCAUGUAUCCAUUGUUCGAGGAGAAGUUAACGAAACAUAAAUAUCUAACAGGUGAUGCGGUUACCUUGGCUGACUUAGUUAGUUCCUCGAGUUUUACACUUGGCUUCCAUUCAAUGUUUGAUAAGGAAUGGAGGGACCGGCACCAUUUGCUAGCUAAAUGGUACGAUAACAUGAUCCACUCAAAUUACAUGGCUUACCACUAUAGAGACUUCACUUAUGUUGAUAAGGCCCACAAAAUUGUUGAGCAGCCAUUACCUGCUGAUAUUAAAUAA